CUCAGAGCCAAGGGCGCCACAUACCUUUCCACCUCCCAGCGUGGCUGCUGUGGGGUUUUGCUCUUCCGCCUGGUGCACGAUUUGCUAACUUUGUCCUCCCGUAGGUGUCUCAGACACAGAGCCAGCAGAGUUCCAAGGACACCACUGGGUAGAGAACAGCUCCAUCUUCUUACAAAAACGCUCUACUGAGAGCUACGUUUUCUUUAGACUCUGGGCACUGGGAUCCUCAAUUUCAAGGACUUCUCAUGGAGCCAGAGGUCUUAGAAAUUUGUCCUUACAACCCUCACCACCGAAUUCCACUCAGCAGAUUCCAGUACCACCUGGCAUCGUGCAAGAGAAAAAACCCCACGAAAGCCAAGAAAAUGGCCAGCUGCAAAUACAAUGCCUGCCACGUCGUCCCCAUCAAAAAGCUGGAGGAACACGAGGCUGCCUGUGCCAACAGAAGCCCCGUGGAGGAAGAGGGCAGCACAAACCCACUGGUGACGCUUCUCAGUUCAGAGCAGAAAGCUGAAGCCCUGUGGGUCACCUCCUCCCCUCCCACCUCUGAUAUCUGGAAUGCUGAUGACGCUGAUAGCCACCCUAAGUUUGUCCUUAAGACUUUUGUUCCCCAAAAGCUUGUUUGUGAAAGUGACGCAGGAGAGUCAGAGAGAAAGGAGAACAACCUCCAGAAGAUCUUCAGACCAGGAAAGUAAACCACCAGCAGGAAGGAGUCUCACAAAGCCACAGAGAGA